CCGAUCGUGGUGAAGCGAGUAAUAGAAUUUCCAAGUUUUCAACGCAAUGGCCUUUUACAUGCAACAAAAUUAAACACAACUUAAAGCUCAUUAAUUGACCUGUGUUAUUGGAUGUAAUUUCAAUACCAGCCAUGUGUUAAAGUAUGUGAUUUCCUCGGAUUAAAUGUUAUACUACGGACGUAUCGUAGACGAAGGGCUCAUAGGAACCUUGUGUCACACGUGAAGAACAAUAUCGCCCUUCUGAAUUGAAGAAGUGCCUGCAGUUGUAUUGUCUUUCCCGAGUGGCUUCAUUAAAAAAGUUUGUUCUUGCAGAUGUCAACGGCAGGAUCGAAGUGCAUCAAGCCGGGCGGCGAAAAGCCGGAUGACUUUGAGGAGCAGGUGGCCAAAACGCUCCUGGAACUCGAGGUCCACUCCGAGCUUCGUGGCAACCUUAAGGAGCUCUACUUUGUGUCCGCUAAGGAGAUGGAGCUUGUUGACAAGAAAGCUGUUUUAAUCUACGUGCCCUACGCCCAGCUCAAACAGUACCAUAGGAUUCAUACCCGUCUCGUACGGGAGCUGGAAAAGAAGUUCAACGGCAAAACCGUGAUCUUCCUAGCGCGCCGUACGAUCCUUCCGAAGCCUUCGCGCAAGUGUAAAAGGCAACCGAAGCAAAAGCGACCAAUGUCGCGCACUCUGACCCAUGUGCACGACGCGAUCCUCGAAGACAUCGUUUAUCCGGCUGAGAUCAUCGGCAAGCGUAUACGUUACCGUAUGAACGGUACCCGACUGUUCAAGGUCCAUCUUGAGAAGUCUCAGCAGACCAACAUGGAACAGAAGACUGACACGUUUUCAGCAGUCUACAAGAGACUGACCGGCAAAGAAGUCGUCCUUGAAUUCAGGGAGCCCCUCGUCUAAACCAACAGCCAGCGCAUUAAAAGCAAAUAUAACGUGUGGCUAAUAAAGGGUAGAGUUCCGCAGGGAGCUCAGUGGCGUCGGCUUGACGAAA